AUGCUGCUGAUUCUGCUGUCAGUGGCCCUGCUGGCCCUGGGCUCAGCUCAGAGCUUGAAUGAAGAUGUCAGCCAGGAACAACUUCCCUCCGUAAUAUCAGAUGGAGGAGACUCAAACCAGAGCUCAGAUGAGAAGCCUCAGAAACCGCCUUUUGGAGGACGCCCACCUAAGCCCCCUGCUGGUAAUGGAAGCCAGGAUGAUGGGCCUCCGCAUAGACCACCUCCACAAGAAGGCAACAAGCCCCAAGGUCCCCCACCUCCUCCAGGAAAGCCACAAGGACCACCCCCACCAGGAGGUCAUCCCCAGAGGCCUCCCCCACCUCCUGCUGGAAAGCCCCAGGGACCACCUCCACCUCCUCAAGGAGGAAGACCACCCAGAUCUCUUCAGGGCCCGCUUCCUCAGGGACCACCUCCACCACCUGAAGGGAGAAGACCACCCAGAUCUCUUCAGGGACUGCCUCCCCAGGGACCACCUCCUCCUCAAGCGGGAAGACCACCCAGAUCUCUCCAGGGACCACCUCCCCAAGGACCGCCUCCCCAGGGACCACCUCCCCAAGGACUGCCUCCCCCGGGACCGCCUCCACCUCCUCAAGCGGGAAGACCACCCAGAUCUCUCCAGGGACCACCUCCCCAAGGACCGCCUCCCCAGGGACCACCUCCCCAAGGACCACCUCCACCUCCUCAAGGGGGAAGACCACCCAGAUCUCUUCAGGGACCGCCUCCUCAGGGACCACCUCCUCCUCAAGAGGGAAGACCACCCAGAUCUCUCCAGGGACCACCUCCCCAGGGACCGCCUCCCCCGGGACCGCCUCCCCCAGGACCGCCUCCACCUCAAGGGGGAAGACCACCAAGAUCUCUCCAGGGACCCCCUCCCCAGAGACCGCCUCUCCAGGGACCACCUUCCCAGUGA